UUUUAAAAGAUGUGUCACUAGAGGAGUCUGAAUACUCGCUGAAUAUAGCGACAACGUCGCUAAAUUGGCUCCAGUAGAGUGCACUGUUCGUUGCCUUAAGCAAAUUAAAAAUCUUUGAACUCGCAGCAAAAGGAAAUCGGGCAUAAAAUGAACACCUGCGGCUUGUCAAAUGCAGAUAGAUUUAAGUAUUGGCUUGUAAGAAUGUGUAUUUCAGCAGCCACGUUGAUGGGUGGUCAAUUUGCAGGGCACUACAGGGGUUAUAGCAGAAAAAUGCGGCAGUAGCUGUUUUAAACGUUUUCCUGACAUUUUGUUUCAUAGCUGCAAAUUGCACAAAGAAAUACGAAACCUAUAUCCCACCUUCUGGUUGGGGAGCUGAAAGCAAAUGCGAAAGGUUUAUGAGGCAUUGCACAGGGCCACACGUAACCUCAGCUGUGUAUGUUUUUACUAUAAACUGUUUUACUAUUACACACUCCGGGGAUUUUAAUCAAGAAAAAAUGAAUGUUUGGUAAUGUAACCAAAGGAUAAUAUUUGCUUAUCGCGAUGCAAAACAGGUGCAGUUUACGGUAAUGGGAUAUGUGGACCUUGUUAGUUAGUCAGCCUGCAGUUGCUUGUGUUCCAUGCGCGCGCUGACAGAUUUGACAGCUGACAAAAGACCGUCAACGAACAGCAAACGCUAUCAAUCACUCAAUGUUUGAACUCGGAUGAAAUGUUCUCUGACAUUUACAAGAUCAAAGAAUCACCAAAUGGGAUGUUAUUGGAAGUUGAGGGAAAGAUGGUUAGUAGAACGGAGAAUAUCGAUGACUGUCUGUUGGGGGCAAAUGCGUCGGCGGAGGUGCAGGAUGACGGCUGUGAGUCCAGCACAGUCAGUGGAGUGGACAUUGUCCUCAACCUCAAACUGCAGGAGACAUCCUUCACCAAGGACUCAUACAAGGGCUACAUCAAGGACUACAUGAAGGCUUCUUUACAGGUGUAUGAACCCAGAUGGUAUGGCUUGUUCUGGACUUAAGUGAGGACGGCAUCACUUCCUUCAUGACAUUCUUCAAAGACGGCCUGGAGAUCGAGAAAUUAGUCCCUUUAGCCCAGUCUACUUAUGUUAUAACUUAUCACCAGUCUACUCGUGUUAUAACCACUGUUCUUUUUCUCUCUCACAGUAACACUCUGGUCUAACAUGCUGAGCGUGCGCGAGCUUCGCAAAAUAAAUUUAGAAAUCCAUGUUGUUCAAUUAUUGCACCCACACUGCUCGCGCUUGCCAACGAGUGUCUGCGUUGCCAACGGCUAAAAUAGAAGUCCUAUUUCUGAUGCAGAUCACGCUGAAAGUCCUGCCUCUCCCAUCGGC